UUUAUAAAGCUAAAGCAAGCUAUAUUCUUAGUACUAAUUCUAUAUUACUAUAACCCGAACUUCCCUAUUAUAAUUAAGACAAAUAUAUUAAAUAAAGUUAUAGCCGGUAUUCUCUUAUACCUAUAUUAUCCGGAUAGAAUUCUUUUAUAUAUAUUUGCAGUAUUUUUAAAGAGAGUUAGCUUAGUAAUUUAA